AUGUACACCCCGAUCGGGCCUGCGGGAUCGCAACCACGCGGCUUGGCAUCGUCGCCGCACAACAAGGCGCUGUUUGUCGUGAUCUUUAUCGCGCUCGGUGUGCUCUUCGCCGGGUACACGUCCCACAACACUACGACCGAGAACGCGACGCAAGUGGCGCUGCCGGUGGCUAACAUGCAAACGCUUCCAACAACGCCAUCCUCUCCGCCGUUGUUGGAGAGUGAUCCCGUCGAAGCCAUUCUCCGCAACUUGACGUUGGCCCAAAAGGUCGGCCAAAUGCUGCAAGUCGACGUGUACAACAUCAUGCAUGGGAAGGUUCGCGAUCCCAAGUACGCCCUGAACAAGGCGCGCGUCGCCUUGUACGCGAAACUCGGGAUCGGAUCUUACUUCAACUCGCCGUUUGCGGGCGGACCAUCUCGCCACCAGUCGUGGACGGCGGAGGAAUGGCGCUCGAUCGUCGAUCAAAUCCAGGCCAUCUACGCCGAACACAACGCAAUUCCCAUGAUUUACGGCAUCGACACGAUCCACGGCGCCAACUACGUUCGGAACGCGGUCUUGUUUCCCCAGCCGUUGGCCGCCGCAUCUUCGUUCAACGUGGACUUGGUCUAUCGCAUGGGCCAAGUUGCUGCCAAGGACAGUUUGGCGGCCGGGUUGCCUUGGAUUUUCAGCCCCGUGUUGGGCAUUGCCAUGCAGCCAAAGUGGGCUCGUAACUACGAAACGUUUGGCGAAGACCCGCACACCGUAUCCGCGCUGGGCGUGGCGCUUAUCCAAGGGCUCCAAUCGACCAACCGCACCGCGAGGCCACCGGUCUGA